CGCCUUUUGAACGGUUCAUGUACAUAUAAAAAGGGGAAAUAAUUACCUUGUGUAAUUACAAUAACACUUUACGAAGUAUUCUUUAAUUGUAUUUUUUAGCGAUAACUUACAGAUGGGCAUAUUUAAAGUUAAUGGGUAUGUUCCAACAAAAUGGCUUGGCAUUGUCGCAGUUAUCUCGUUUGCCGUUAGCGGAAUUAUCAACAUUUUGCAAAUAAUUAAAUAUCGUAACCGCGCUUCAAUUAUUUCAUUCAUCGGGACCACCGGUGAAGUCAUUGCUUGGAUUGCCCGACUGUAUUCUUCAUCUCACAGUAAUGAUACAAGUCUUGUAUCAGCUGGUUUGCAAAGUGCUAUGAUCAUGGAUUUCCCCGUUUUUUAUACAGCGCAAUUGUAUACAGCUAUUAAGCAUCUGAUAACACAAUAUGGAGCUAAUGUUGAUAUACUUGGCUCUACUUUCUAUGGACUUGCAUUUAUCAUCUGUGAUAUAAUUUCAUUGCUCAUUCAGUUUGCUGGAGGUAAUAUUGCUAUCGGAGCAAAUGAAAAUAGCAGGAAGGAGAGAAUUGGUUCUACUAUCAUGUUACUUGGUAUUUGUCUGCAGCUUGUAACGGUGUUCACUUUCGCCGGGUGCAGUCUUGAUUAUUGGUACAAUCAUCAUUAUAGUAAGUCAUAUGGAGAUUUGACUUGA